AUGCCCAGCUGGACUCACCUAGGAUCCAAACGCUCAGCAGGAGAUAAUUCAGACACGCUGGACCCAUAUGCACUUCCCAAUUUACUCGCAGCUGGCACCGUAUCCCUCGACGCUUCCUUAGGUCGCCUUCACGAGUAUGCGACUCGGAGGCAUUCGCUUCAGGGCUUUACCACCCUUCCUGUACUUCAUCCAGAGAAAACAAUACUCAAUAGCAUCGAAUUUCUUAUCGAGCACAGAUUUAUACGUGCAACAGGUCGACUGGGCACUGGUGGACAAUUCCUAUUCGUCCGCAUCUACCUUAUUCCUCACGAUCUUCCCAAUGUCCAAGGAAAGCUUCGAAAUCGCAGUGACAUUAUAAAGCGAGAGGGUAAAAAGUGCUUACAGACCCUGUUGGAUCGCAUAGUGCAAGAUCAAGGCAACUGGGAUGGCGACGAGUGUGUACCAUCAUGCAGUACCGAUAACCGCAAUAUGGCAGAGAUCUACAGUGACCUCCAGUCCCCUCAUCUUCCGACGCAGAAUAUCUCCGAACUCUCGCGGCGCAUUUUAAACGGAAAAGAAAUAUGGGGUUUGACGAGCAGGCUUUACAACUACCAGAGACGCUCUGUUGCAAUGAUGAUCGAUAAGGAAACUUAUUCUGCUGCCAUCCCAGAUCCCACCUUUAUUACUGUAGUGGGUAUGCAUGGCGAGAAGUUCUUCCUCCAACCAGCUACCCUAGAGAUCUUGAGAGAGUGUCCUAUGGUAUCUCCUUGCUCCGGAGGAAUUUUGUGCGAAGAAUUGGGCACUGGCAAAACGGUUAUGAUCCUUGCCUUGAUCCUAGCCACAUUGGAGCAACUCCCGAAACCUGAAGAAUCACUCCUGGAUUCUCGUCCAAUUAUGACACCACUAGCAUUCCGCAGUUUCCCUUUCCAAGAGUUCAGCACUUCAAGGAAAAGAAUGGGUAUUGGACACACGUAUGCUACCUCUACUCAACGUGGAGUCCCAUCUCUCGUCGAAAUUUUACUUCAUCAUAUACGAACUUCUUCAGAAUCGCUCAAGUUGCGUGAGUAUCAAGAGGAUCUGGAGGUGCGGUGCCUCUGGGAUCCAAUGUGGGCUAAUUUCCCAUUCUACCAUCACUAUGACAUUGAGUCACCCUUUCUUCUGCGAUCUCGACGUCGAAUGCCAAAGGCACGACCUCGCCUAAUGUACCUAACUACCGCCACACUCCUCAUCGUUCCACCGAGCUUAUUAGGACAAUGGGAACGAGAGAUCUUGAAACACUGUAAUAUUGAAUUAAGGUGUCUUGUUGUACGACGGUCUUCUAAAUUACCGGACGCAAAAGACCUUGCGUCAAACUAUGAUCUUGUAAUAAUGACGACUACUCGAUUAAAGCGGGAGUCGUCCAAAGAAAAUAAUCUCGAAAACUUACACUCUUUAGGGUCAUGUUUAUGCUCUGAAUUGCCAGGUACGAGAAUACCGGACUGUCGUUGUAAGGGUCAUGAUUCCGUCAGUCCACUUUUGCGGGUCCGUUGGAAGAGACUGGUCGUGGAUGAGGGGCAUAUUGCUGGUAACAGCUUUAGUGCCUUCAUGCAUUUUAUAGGUAAAAUAAGUGUACAGCGAAGGUGGAUCGUGACGGGUACGCCAACGACAAAUAUCUUGGGCCUUAGUCUUGGACGUACGGAUUCAGAAGGCGAAGACCAUCAUAACGUCAACGAGGCGCUUACCGGAGAGACAAGCAGUUCCAGUUCCACAUCUUCAGAUGUAUCGGAUUUAGGAGUAACACAUCAUACCUCGAAGCACAGAAUAUGGGGCGCCUACGAACGGGAUAAUUUGCGCAAGCUCCACUCCAUGAUCAGGACGUUCCUUGCAGUCCCUCAGUUCUACUCCGUUUCAUCCUUAUUCGAUGAUACUGUUAUUGCGCCGCUGCUUGGCGCACACGGCCCUCUUCCUGGUGCAAUUACUGUACUAAGCCAGGUAAUGCAGUCAGUCAUGGUGCGCCACCAGGUCGAAGAUGUUGAGAAAGAUGUCGUGCUACCUCCAAUGAAGCAUGAAAUUAUAUAUAUGGAUCUUGACCCCUAUGCUGUAAAAUCAUACAACGCAUUGCAAGCCUCGAUUGCCAUUAAUGCGAUCGAUUCCCAGCGUACGGAUCAGGACUAUCUAUUUCACGCUGGGAAUGCGAAACAUUUGCAAAAUGCGCUUGACAACAUGUCGCAGUGUAUGUUUUGGUCAGCUUCCGACAUCUUGUACAACGUGGACGAAAAUUGCAACGAGUCAGGCCAGUAUGUGGCGACUGCUGUCAAACGGAAUGUUAGCGAGUCUGACAUGCGGUUGUUAUCGGAGGCACUCACGCACAUGCGGCUCGCGGCUGAGGACCCACUUUGGCGAGCGAUGCAAGUUCACGAAGACGUUCCCUUUCGAACCCUAGGCAUGGAUUCAGAAAUUUUUGAAGCAUGGACCCGGAGCAAUCUCAAUUUAAGACCUCGCGAAUGCGACCUAAUGCAUGCAAUCAGACUUAUAGACUUGCGAGACGUAAUAAGAAAACGACCUUUAAUCAAGAAAUCUCGUCUACUGGAGGAGGGAGUUUUACUUAAUGAAGAGGCGACAAACUCUUGCCAGCCAAAUAAGCCCAAUACUGAUAAGGACACGACGAGCUCUACUCAAAUGAAAAGGAUGGUACGAGAGGUAAAGAUAGAGAUAGAACAUCUAAAGCGCAAAGCAGAAGAAGAAACGGACGAUGAAAGCGCCGAUGAUCAUAGUGAAAACACGUUUGCUCAAGUCCUACAGAUGCAGGAAGCGGCGAAAUGUCGAAUGAUGGCUUCAUCGGUACUUGCUGGUGUACGUGUGGGGCGGUCCACGUCUACUAAACUGAAUUAUAUUCUGGACGAGGUCCUUCUGCAUUCACCUAACGAGAAGUUCCUUAUAUUCUCAGCUUCCCCACUAACCCUCGCGCACGUUGCCGAAGGACUUUCUUUAGUUGAAGUCAAAUACUUGCGUUAUACCACUGACGUACUACCAAGCCUAAGGGAACAGCUUGUUAUGACCUUCGAAACUUCAGAUACUUUUCGCGUAUUUUUGAUGGAUUUGAAGCAUGCAGCGCGUGGAUUGAACUUGGUAUCUGCUUCGCGCGUUAUCUUUUGCGAGCCUGUUUGGAUGCCUGAUGUUGAAAGUCAAGCUAUCAAGCGGGCGCAUCGUAUAGGGCAAACCAGGCCGAUCUCUGUCAAAACCCUUGUGAUACGAUCCACGGCUGAAGAAGCUAUGAUCGGUCGGCGUCAAGCUUUCAGAGGCUCCACGGAGAAGAUUCCUGGAGUGACGACUGACAAGGGCAUGAGGGACUUUAUCGCGCAACCCCGUUUCUUGUACCAAGCCGCAACGCCUGGUUCGGUCGAGUUUCCUCUGCUGAAGUUACCCUCAUCAGCAAAGUCGGGUGGGGAUAAUAAUGAAGAUCCAGCUAUUAGCAUAAUGGCAGUGGAUCCCCCGAAUAAUGAUGUAACUGAAACUAAAGGCACGAAUGGCAUUGACGAGGCACCGCGGAAGAAGAAGAGGGUUCAAUUUUUUGAUCUACCCUCUUGAUCAUGGAUAAUCAGACACACUCGAGGCUUACUACUCAAUGUAUGUUGACGUCGUCCCGAUGUGCGGGAUCUGUAUCUGUACCAAUGUAUUUCUCUCAAGAGAGUUUUUUGAAGUCUCAUUCAAUUACUAUUACAAAAUGCACUUU